AUGACUCUACAGCCGUUUACAAACGAACAGUUAAAUUACUUCAAGUUCGCUUCUGUCGUGAUUAAUGAAUUUCCAAAGAUAUUACGUCAAGCCUUCAAAACUAGGUGGGACAACACCUUUGGACAUCUUCCUGGUUUCCAGCCCUGGGAUGACUCCCUUGCUGUGCGGAAUCUGUUCCUCGCCACAGAGGGUGGAUCAACUAAAGUCCCUACUAAUCUUCCGUAUGAUGACUGGGAUUGUACUGCCUUGUUCCAAGCCACCAUCUUCGCAAAGUCCUUUUCUAUGCCAGACGACAGAGGACAUCAGACAACACUCAGCUACUUGUUCGUGAGACCCCAUGGACUCCCUCCCGGAGGUUUCCAUGCUUCUGUGAUCAGCUCAACUGGGAACGAUGCUGAGUCAUUUACUUUGGCGAUCGAUCAACUGCGACUUUUACGAAAUGCGUUCUGCCACUCACCGAGCUCCGAGAUCUCAAAAGCAAAAUUCGACAUGUACAUCCAACUAACCAAAGACGCGUUCCAAGCCCUUGGUGUCUCAUCCAGCUCUGUGAAUACAAUUGGAAGUUUAACUGAGGUAGAUUUCCCAAUAGAAAAAGUCCACAAGCUCGAGGAUGAGAUAAAAAAAAAGGGUCAGGCUGAAUAUGCGUUUCUCAAAGACCAAGUAAAAAAUGAGCUGAUGGACAUGCGGUCUGAUUACGCAGAAGCAAACCAGGAGCGGCGGGAUGAGGCAGAACGGAUAGUGACAGAGAUGAAAGAAGGGUUCCGACAGGUGAAAAUGCAAAAUGAAGAACAGAAAGAACAAAUUUUGGAGUCAGUGGAAAGAGCUAUCAGGUCUCAUUAUGCGCAAUCGAAGCGAGCAAGAGAAGAACAAACAGCACACGUAGCCAAAGAGAGGAAGGAGGACAUUCAGCUGUUGGAGAACCAGUUGCAAAGGCACAAUGAGGAAAUGAGAAAGGAGGCGUUGGAGCUUAAAGAAACUAUCAGGUCUAAAAUCGAUCAAUCAAACCAGGCAAGAGAGAAAGAUGCAGCAUCAGCAGCUCAAGAAAGAAAAGAAGAGAUUCAGGAGUCGAGGAAACAGUUGAAGUUGGCAACAUCAUCUGUACCCCAACAAGAAAUGGGUCAGAAACUUGCUGAAUUGAACCAAAAGAUUGAUGACAUCACCACAAAGACCACGAAACAAGGUAAUAGGCCUGCUAUUGUUUGUCUUAAAGACUACUUCUUUUCGCAGGAACAACAAGAUAAUGUUUUUUUGCGAUUGUUAUCUAUUAAGGGGAGAACUACCAGAUAGUCUUCAAUAAAGCAGUCAGAAACUUUGAAGGCCACUCUUCCAAUAACAAUAAGUUUUGUUAAUUAAUGAAGCCAAACUUCUCACAUUAAUUCUGAAAUUAUAUUCAGAGGAGAAUUUGUUUAGAAGUAUUACGAUACUAACCGCCGUAGAAUACUGUACUUUGCAUUUGCACAUAUGUUCAUCUUCCGAACUAAAGUCUGUCAUUUUUUCGCAGAGUUUAAGCCCACUCUACCAAAAUCAAAUCUUCCCUCAAUGGUUCCUCACUUCACUGGGCGCAAGGAGGAACGCAACGACGUCAUUGCUCACGUGACCAACGAAGCCACUCGCCUCGUUUCCAUAUGGGGCUCGCCAGGGUUCGGAAAAACGUCGACUGCAAUCGCCAUAGGACAUCGCCUCCAAGCGCAAGGCCUGCCGGUAUACUUUAUUUCAUUACGUGGCCUAAGGUUAAAGAGUGAUCUAACGUCGAGAUUUCUUGGACUGUUUACGCAUUCUGCGACAGCAUCCCAGCAUUUGACAGCAGAUGACGAACUUUGCUCAAUUUUGGCUCAAAUUGCAAAUCCCUUCGUUUUCAUCCUUGAUAAUGCCGAUGAUCUUUUUGAAAGUGGCCUUCCGAACGUCAAAGAGGAAGUUGUUGAUUUAAUUGGAGAAAUUCUCAAUUGCAGCCAUAAGGUAACGUUUCUUCUCACCACAAGGGAAUCUUGUCAAUUCUUAAAUCUGCGCUUCAAAGGACACAAUGCUUUAAGAAUUAGAGAGCUGGAUGAGCAAUCCUCUUCAAAACUUGUUCAAGAACUGCUUCCAGGAGCGAGUAAGUCUGAUUGUAUAAAAGUUAGGCAGGCUUGCGGGAGUGUACCAUUGGCCAUGAAGUUGUUGUGUUCCUCCAUUUCGGGGUCUGUUGACAAGUUCUUGAGUACCACAAAUAACAUUCUGGAAAUGUUGGACAACCCAGACUAUCCCAACAAUCAGAGGUUGAAGUAUCUUUUUGACGCCUCUUUUCAGAGACUUUCCGUAAAGGAAAGAGAAGCACUGAUCUCACUUUGCAUUCUUCCCAACCAUUUUGACCUACAUGUCGCAUCAGCUGUGUUAGGAAUGAAAACAAUCCAGCAGGCUGCCAGAAUGCUGCAGAUACUCCAGCGAAAAUCCUUCAUUGAUUCUAGUUCCAAGGCCGAGAAAUAUUCCAUCCAUAAGCUGUUAUUGUCAUUUAUACAGGAAAAAGGGGAAAACGAAAUGAAAGAAAUGGUUCUCAACGCUAAAGUGCGUUUUUUUGAACUGCAUAUUUCCCUCUUCGAGACGCUAACAGAAAAGUUCCUCACAGGACAUUCCAUGUCGGCUUUCCUUGAGUAUUUUCAGAAUGAGGAAAGUUUCGUUCAAAGUCUAAUUGACGGCUGUCUGGAGGAAAGAACAGUCAGUAAAGUUUGCGAGGUUUUGAUUAAAGCUGAAAUAUAUCUCUGCUUUCUUUACUGGCAAGAUUACGCUAUGAUUGACAUCAUUUACGAAACAGCAAUAAAGGCAGCCAAUGAUCACAAUUGGCUUAACUCUGUCCACAAACGACUGCUUCUGUUGAAAACGUAUGGGAGCUUGGUUAUGGGCGCAACUGAAGAGACGAAGAGGCUGCUGUCGGUGAAUAAGCAAGUUCAGUUGUCUACUGUCAUCCAAGACACACAAUUGCAAGGAGAAUUCUUGACUUACCAAGGAUUGUACAAAAUGUUUAUCGGGAGAGUUGAAGAAGGAGUGAGACAUUUAGAAGAAGCGCUUUCGUUAAUGGAGACAACUCCAAAGCACAGAAUCGUAAAGCUCAUUAUUCUUCAAGUUCUUGCUCUUUAUCAAAGUUCCAAAAAGAACCCAUUAAAGUCACUUGACCUUUACAAAAAAGCAGUCGAUGAAUGCAAAGCAGUGGGAGACACGGGCUUAGUAGUAAUUCCGGAAAUCGAUGAAACCAGGAGAGAAGAAGACAGGAUACAUCUAAACAAAACCAGACUGACCCAUAAUCAGCCACUUCAAACCGAAGUUGUCAUUCUGGUGAGUCAAGUAGUAAAGAACAUCUCCACUGGUGAAACCAAGCAGUUCUUUUAUAAUUUACUGCAGCAAAUACUAGUGGAAUCUGACUCUGCCAUACCAACUGGUGCAACGGGUCGGUUCCAUUUUAAUUCAUCUGGAGUAAGAUUGCUCAUCAAAUUAAAAGGGAAAAUGAACCGUGCAAUUUAUAAAGAAGAUAUAGUAAAUUUUCAUCCCAAAAAGAUCCAAACAAAACCUGAGAAAAACAUUAGUGCAACUUCCUCAAAUAACAGCGAACGCACGACAGCCAACAACGUAGAAGCCUUGGAAUCAGAGAAGCGUGCACUGUAUAUCAGGUUAAAAGUCCUGGGUAAAGAACAUCCACAAACCGCUCUCUGCUAUCAUUCAUUAGGAGUUACUCAACAUUCACUUGGAGACUUUGUGUCAGCCCUUGAGUCUGCCAAGCGUGCACUGAAUAUCAGCUUAAACGUCCUGGGUGAAGAACAUUCACAAACCGCUCUCAGCUAUUAUUUAUUAGGAGUUACUCAACUUUCACUUGGAGACUUUGUGUCAGCCCUUGAGUCAAAGAAGCGUGCACUGAAUAUCCGCUUAAAAGUCCUGGGUGAAGAACAUUCACAAACCGCCGACAGCUAUCAUUCGUUAGGAGUUACUCAACAUUCACUUGGAGACUUUGUGUCAGCCCUUGAGUCAAAGAGGCGUGCACUGAAUAUCCGCUUAAAAGUCCUGGGUGAAGAACAUUCACAAACCGCUUACAGCUAUCAUUCAUUAGGAGCUACUCAACAUUCACUUGGAGACUUUGUGUCAGCCCUUGAGUCAAAAAAGCGUGCACUGAAUAUCAGCUUAAACGUCCUGGGUGAAGAACAUUCACAAACCGCUCUCUGCUAUCAUUCAUUGGGAGUUACUCAACGCUCACUUGGAGACUUUGUGUCAGCCCUUGAGUCUGCCAAGUGUGCACUGAAUAUCAGCUUAAAAGUCCUGGGUGAAGAACAUUCACAAACCGCUCACAGCUAUCAUUCAUUAGGAGCUACUCAAUAUUCACUUGGAGACUUUGUGUCAGCCCUUGAGUCUGCCAAGCGUGCACUGAAUAUCAGCUUAAAAGUCCUGGGUGAAGAACAUUCAGAGACCGCUGACAGCUAUUAUUCAUUAGGAGUUACUCAACAUUCACUUGGAGACUUUGUGUCAGCCCUUGAGUCAAAGAAGCGUGCACUGAAUAUCCGCUUAAAAGUCCUGGGUGAAGAACAUUCACAAACCGCUCUCUGCUAUCAUUCAUUAGGAGUUACUCAACAUUCACUUGGAGACUUUGUGUCAGCCCUUGAGUCUGCCAAGUGUGCACUGAAUAUCAGCUUAAAAGUCCUGGGUGAAGAACAUUCACAAACCGCUCUCUGCUAUCAUUCAUUGGGAGUUACUCAACAUUCACCUGGAGACUUUGUGUCAGCCCUUGAGUCUGCCAAGCUUGCACUGAAUAUCAGCUUAAAAGUCCUGGGUGAAGAACAUUCAGCUGACAGCUAUCAUUCAUUAGGAGUUACUCAACAUUUACUUGGAGAGUUUGUGUCAGCCCUUGAGUCAAAGAGGCGUGCACUGAAUAUCCGCUUAAAAGUCCUGGGUGAAGAACAUUCAAAAACAGCUGACCACUAUCAUUCAUUAGGAGUUACUCAACAUUCACUUGGAGACUUUGUGUCAGCCCUUGAGUCAAACAAGCGUGCACUGAAUAUCAGGUUAAAAGUCCUGGGUGAAGAACAUUCAGAAACCGCUGACAGCUAUCAUUCAUUAGGAGUUACUCAACAUUCACUUGGAGACUUUGUGUCAGCCCUUGAGUCAAACAAGCGUGCACUGAAUAUCCGCUUAAAAGUCCUGGGUGAAGAACAUUCACAAACCGCCCACAGCUAUCAUUCAUUAGGAGUUACUCAACAUUCACUUGGAGACUUUGUGUCAGCCCUUGAGUCAAAGAAGCGUGCUCUGAAUAUCCGCUUAAAAGUCCUGGGUGAAGAACAUUCAAAAACCGCUGACAGCUAUCAUUCAUUAGGAGUUACUCAACAUUCACUUGGAGACUUUGUGUCAGCCCUUGAGUCAAAGAAGCGUGCACUGAAUAUCCGCUUAAAAGUCCUGGGUGAAGAACAUUCACAAACCGCUGACAGCUAUCAUUCGUUAGGAGUUACUCAACAUUCACUUGGAGACUUUGUGUCAGCCCUUGAAUCAAAGAAGCGUGCACUGAAUAUCCGCUUAAAAGUCCUGGGUGAAGAACAUUCACAAACCGCUCACAGCUAUCAUUCAUUAGGAGUUACUCAACAUUCACUUGGAGACUUUGUGUCAGCCCUUGAGUCAGACAAGCGUGCACUGAAUAUCAGGUUAAAAGCCCUGGGUGAAGAACAUUCUGAAACCGCUGACAGCUAUCAUUCAUUAAGAGUUACUCAACAUUCACUUGGAGACUUUGUAUCAGCCCUUGAGUCAAACAAGCGUGCACUGAAUAUCAGGUUAAAAGUCCUGGGUGAAGAACAUUCAGAAACCGCUGACAGCUAUCAUUCAUUAGGAGUUACUCAACAUUCACUUGGAGACUUUGUGUCAGCCCUUGAGUCAAACAAGCGUGCACUGAAUAUCCGCUUAAAAGUCCUGGGUGAAGAACAUUCACAAACCGCCCACAGCUAUCAUUCAUUAGGAGUUACUCAACAUUCACUUGGAGACUUUGUGUCAGCCCUUGAGUCAAAGAAGCGUGCUCUGAAUAUCCGCUUAAAAGUCCUGGGUGAAGAACAUUCAAAAACCGCUGACAGCUAUCAUUCAUUAGGAGUUACUCAACAUUCACUUGGAGACUUUGUGUCAGCCCUUGAGUCAAAGAAGCGUGCACUGAAUAUCCGCUUAAAAGUCCUGGGUGAAGAACAUUCACAAACCGCCGACAGCUAUCAUUCGUUAGGAGUUACUCAACAUUCACUUGGAGACUUUGUGUCAGCCCUUGAGUCAAAGAGGCGUGCGCUGAAUAUCCGCUUAAAAGUCCUGGGUGAAGAACAUUCACAAACCGCUCACAGCUAUCAUUCAUUAGGAGUUACUCAACAUUCACUUGGAGACUUUGUGUCAGCCCUUGAGUCAGACAAGCGUGCACUGAAUAUCAGGUUAAAAGCCCUGGGUGAAGAACAUUCUGAAACCGCUGACAGCUAUCAUUCAUUAAGAGUUACUCAACAUUCACUUGGAGACUUUGUGUCAGCCCUACAGUCAGCUAAGUGUGCACUUGACAUCAGGAUGAAGGUGCACGGUGAAGAGGAUCCACGAACUGUUGACAGC